AUGUCGGCGGCCAACAGAGGCCCUAGCAACGCCGGCAGGCGGAAGCGGGCUCGGGAUGAUGAGGACGAGGUUAUGUCGUCUUCGCCUGCAGCCCUUCCCUCCUCCCCCCCUUUAUUGCCGACCAAUGAAAACGACGACCUAGAAGACGACGACCUGGGCCCCGAAGACGAUCUGAUUGGAGAUAUCGAUGAUGCAGACGAGCUGGCUGAAGAAGAAGACGGUAUCGACCUGUUCGGCGAUACUUUUAUGGACGACGAGCGCGAAGGCCGCGAUCAAGAGACGUACCAAGGACGAAUGAUUGAUGAUGAAGGCGAUUACGAUGAUCUCGAUCUAGCCGAGCGUCGUCAGUUGGAAGCUCGACUGAACAAGCGUGAUCGCGAGCUGGCUCGCCGACGACGUAUGCCUGCGGCGUUCAUGCCAGAUGAUGACGACGAUGCCGGCAUUGACCUCACCAGACAGCCUCGGCGACGUCGCCACCAUUACGACGAGGACCAAGAAGAUAUGGAUCUCGAUGAGAAUAUCAUGGAAGAAGAACUCUCAUUGGAGACCUUGCAGGAUGUCAAGGCAUCAAACAUUACUGAAUGGGUCACUUUACCCUCAGUCAUGAAGACAAUUGCCCGAGAAUUCAAGUCCUUCUUGACCGAGUACAUUGACGCCAACGGCACGUCAGUCUACGGUACUCGAAUACGGACCCUCGGAGAGGUCAACUCUGAAUCUCUUGAGGUGUCGUAUGACCAUCUAUCUUCGACGAAAGCCAUUCUGGCAUACUUCUUGGCCAAUGCCCCGGCAGAAAUGCUGAAGAUCUUUGACAAAGCGGCCUUUGAAGUUGUACGGCUGCAUUAUCCCAACUAUGAACUCAUCCACCCAGAGGUCCAUGUGCGCAUUUCUGAUUUACCAGUCAAGUACACCCUUCGGCAACUUCGCCAGUCGCACCUAAAUUGCCUCGUUCGCGUUUCCGGCGUGGUUACCAGACGCACAGGUGUCUUUCCACAACUCCAAAUGGUCAAGUUCACCUGCAACAAAUGUGGUGUCACUCUCGGGCCGUUUGCUCAGGAGUCGACCUCAUCAGAGGUCAAAUUGACAUUUUGUCCCGAGUGCCAGUCACGAGGGCCUUUUACCCUGAACAGCGAAAAGACCGUCUACCGAAACUACCAGAAGCUGACCCUACAAGAGUCCCCUGGAACUGUGCCCGCUGGUCGGUUACCACGGCACCGUGAAGUCAUUCUUUUGGCUGAUCUGAUCGACAAAGCCAAGCCAGGAGAAGAAAUAGAAGUGACGGGCAUCUACCGCAACAACUAUAGCGGUCAACUCAACAACAAGAAUGGCUUCCCGGUGUUUGCAACCAUGCUCGAGGCCAACCACAUCAUCAAGACACACGAUCAACUUGCAGGUUUCAGGUUGACUGAAGAGGAUGAGAGACAGAUCCGAGCACUCUCAAAAGACCCGAACAUUGUGGACAAGAUCGUGGACUCGAUCGCUCCCUCGAUCUAUGGCCAUCGGGAUAUCAAGACUGCAGUUGCUUUGUCUCUUUUUGGAGGCGUUGGCAAGGAAGCACAGGGCAAGCACAAGAUCCGAGGUGAUAUCAACGUGCUGCUACUUGGCGAUCCUGGUACUGCUAAAUCACAGGUCUUGAAGUACGUCGAAAAGACGGCCCAUCGAGCGGUCUUUGCCACUGGCCAGGGCGCGUCUGCCGUCGGUUUGACCGCUUCGGUGCGCCGUGAUCCUCUGACACAGGAAUGGACACUUGAGGGCGGAGCGCUCGUCCUCGCAGAUCGAGGUACUUGUCUUAUCGAUGAGUUUGACAAGAUGAACGAUCAAGAUCGGACUUCAAUCCAUGAAGCCAUGGAACAACAAACAAUCUCGAUCAGUAAAGCCGGUAUUGUCACCACACUGCAGGCCCGGUGUGCGAUUAUUGCCGCGGCAAAUCCCAAGGGAGGGCGAUACAAUGGUAUGAUCCCGUUCAGCGAGAAUGUGGAACUCACAGAACCCAUUUUGUCGCGAUUUGACAUCCUCUGCGUGGUUCGAGAUACUGUCGACCCUGAUGAAGAUGAGCGGCUAGCCAAUUUCGUGGUCAAAAGCCACGGACGAGCGCACCCGACCAAGCUUAGUGUUGAUGGAGGAGAUGUCGCUGCCAUGGAAACGGAGGAGACAGAUGCCAUCAACAAUGGUGAACCACAGCAAGAAGGCGCCAUCCCACAAGAGUUGUUGCGAAAGUACAUUCUCUAUGCAAGAGAGAAGUGCAGGCCGAAGCUCUAUCAAAUCGACCAAGACAAGGUUGCCAGACUGUUUGCAGACAUGCGAAGAGAGUCUCUGGCAACCGGAGCUUACCCCAUUACUGUCCGUCAUCUUGAGGCAAUUAUGAGAAUUGCCGAGGCAUUCUGCAAGAUGCGCUUGUCCGACUACUGUUCAUCACAGGAUAUUGAUCGGGCCAUUGCUGUGACUGUUGACUCUUUUGUGGGAAGCCAGAAGAUCAGUUGCAAGAAAGCACUGGCCAGAGCAUUUGCCAAGUAUGUUGAUCCUAAUACACUCGCCCGAUUUGUAUAA